AUGAGUGCUGUAUCAGCCAAAUCCACGCCACAACGCCGUGAGGACAAAGACCCUUUGGCCUCCGACGACGACCCGACCUCAUCCUCCGGAUCCUCGUCGUCAGAAAGUGAAAGCGAAAGCGAAAGUGAUGAGGGAGAUAGUUCCGAUGAACGCGAAGACGCAGACAUGCACGACGCAACCGGGCCCACGUCCACAUCUGCCCCGUCAAUACCCAGUCUGGCUGGACGCCCAAAGCCGAACAUACACCGUGUAAAUGGGGGGUCUGAUUUGUUAUCACGACUAUCGGCUUUCUUGCCGAAGUUGAAGGAUGCCAAUGAGGAUCUGGAGAAGGAGAUUGCGGCCGGUAGGGGGCAGGAGAUGGUGUUGGACUCUGUGGACGAAGAUGGGAAGGAUUAUAUUGAGAUGAACCUUGGCUUGGGUGUCCUGGAAGAGAAGCGCGAUGGGGAUCCAGACGUCCUUGGUGGCGAGGUUGACGACGAUGAGAACGCAAAAUCAGACGAGGAUAAGCUCGAUGCUGAUGGAGAUUCAGAUCUUCUCGGACAGCUGAUGGGCGGGAUCACUUCGUCGAAGAUCAAGCCGUCUAUUGAGGAGAUGAUGGAAUGA